UUAUGAUCAUCUCAUCACGAUCAUCUUCAUCUCCUCUCUUCUUCCUCUCCUCUUCCUCUUUCAUUAUCAAGUUGCUGCAGAAGUAUCUCCAGGGAGCUUCAUGUGAUAUCCGGAAUUUUUCGUCACCAGAAAUGGCUGUUAGAGGGGUUUCACCUGUCAAAUCAAGAAAUCCAUGUACUUUUAUGGCUAUAUUGUCUUCAGCAGCUUGUGAAUGGUUCCUGAUAUUUAUGUUGUUCUUAGAUGCUGCAUUGUCAUAUUUGCUCACCAAAUUUGCCCUCUAUUGUGAGCUGCAAACACCUUGCCUAUUGUGUUCAAGGAUUGAGUAUGUGUUUGGGGAAAGUAAACGAGGUUACUAUUGGAGAUUACUGUGUGGAAAUCACAGGGAAGAGAUUUCAUCCUUGGUUUUCUGUCAUACCCAUAACAAACUUGGUGAUGUCCAUGCUAUGUGUGCUGACUGUCUCACGUCAUAUGCUAAGAUUGGUAAAUCCAGUUCGGAAUCAUGUCGGUUGUUGAUUGCCAAACUAGGGAUAGAUAUUGAGGAUUCUGGUUUGAAGUCCCUACUUCUGAAUAAGCGAUCAAUAGCUGAUUCUUCUGGUCCAAGGAAUUGCUCUUGCUGCAACAAGCUACUAAAAGCGAAAUCAAGUGCUCAAAGACUGCUACAGGUGAAUCCAAUUGGAAAUGGAGCUUCUAAAGCCAAUGUCAAACCUCCAUUACCGCGUGUGCCAGGCCGUAGUCGUUUCAGCCGCCGUGAUAGCCUGAAAAGGUUAAGAGAUAAGUUUUCGGGACCAAUGACGCCUCGUCUUACCGGGGGUGCUACUGCUGACUCUUUAUCUCAUGUGGGGUAUACUGAGUUAAAGAUUUCUUCGGAUACUGAGUCUGAGUUUCCAUUUUCUGAUGAUGAUGAUAUAGCAUCUGCUCAUCAUGGAAGUGUUGAUUCUAGGACAGAAUCUGAUAUGAAACAGGAUCUAAAAAAACUUCCUAAAGUAGUUUCUGAUAAUUCCUUUCCUGGAAAUCAUAAUCAUCAAAUUUCGCAGCCAUUGCCGUCACUUCUUGAUCAACCUGUGCAAGGUGAAUCAAGUAAGACCACUGUUGAAUCAGUUAUGUAUGAAAAGCAUGGUUUGGAAGAACUUAAUUGGCCUCUGCCUACUACAGAGUCAAUUUCUUCUCGCGCGCCAGAAGCAUCGGAUGAUAUCCACCAUUUUGCUGAGAAUCCCAUACAAGGAAAUUCUGUCUCCGAACCAUCCAACCUCUCCAUACUUUCAGAGGUCCUUUCUUUAAGCAAUGUCCUUUCCCAAUCAACUGUUGCACAAGUUACGGACAAAUCAGAUAUAACUGAAACCGAAGAGAAUGGAAACAUAUCAGUUGCUGAUGCCUCUCCUAUCCUAGUGUCCAACCACACGUAUUCAACAACCGCUGUCACCAAUACUAAUAAAGAACAAUCUGGCAUGCUUGCGGAACCCCUUAGGAAAAAUGGUUCUGGUAGAGCUGAAGAAACUCUACACUUACCACCACGAGUAGUUUCUCCUGAUAUGAAUCUAUCACCAAAUAUUUCAAGUCCCAGAGUUCCUAGUAAUCAUGAUGGACUGCAAAGAAAUGAUGAUACAGUGGAUAUGCUCCAACUGGCAGCUGCCUUAGAAAGACAUGAUUUUGUUCGCGAAUCUCUGGAUGGGAUUAAUGUUAAGGAAAUCGAGGGUGAAACAGCUCCUGAUCGUCUAAGAAGGCAGGUUGAUUAUGAUAAGAGAUGCAUGAAAGCUUUAUUUAAGGAAUUAGAGGAAGAAAGAGGUGCUUCUGCAAUUGCUGCAAAUCAGGCAAUGGCUAUGAUCACAAGAUUGCAAGAGGAGAAAGCAUCACUUCACAUGGAAGCAUUGCAGUACUUGAGAAUGAUGGAGGAGCAGGCAGAGUAUGAUAUGGAGGCACUGGAAAAGGCUAAUGAUCUUCUUGCUGAAAGAGAAAAGGAAGUACAGGAUUUGGAGGCUGAGUUGGAGAUUUACAGGAACAAUAUACUAGAUGAUCCAAGUGAAGUAACCAGCAAUAAAAAUGUGGAGAGCAAGACAGUUGUAAGCAAUCAUACUACUAAUGUUGAAAAUGAUGCAACUGAAAUUGAUGACUCCCAACCAACUGACAUACUGAAACAAGGCCAUAAACAUGAACAUUUAAGUAGCACAGACCUGGAUUUUGAGGAUGAGAAAUUAUACAUCCACCAACGUUUGGAAGACCUGGAGAAGAAAAUUUAUCAAUUUUCGAGAAAUGCAUCACCUGUCAACUUGACAAAUGGUUACUGUCCUGAAAAGUUAAUCAAAGGAGUUCAUGAUAGGGAGGAGAUACCAAAUAACAUUCAGACUGAAAUAAACCAUCAAAAUGAAGAUAAUGGCUUGUCAUCGCAAAAAGAUUUGUGUGCAAAUGGAAGACCUAGGAAGGAUAAAAGUGCUGAUUUAAUUGAAGGAAAUAAUCAUCCAGAUUCUAUACAGGAUAGAUUGUAUGCUGAUGGAGGUGGGAAUUUUUUGGAUAGCUUUAUGGACGAUAUAACUGACCUUAAAAAUAGGCUGCAAGCACUUGAAAACAACCAUGAUAUCCUCGAGCAUGCUUUGAGAUCACUUGGUGACAGUAGUGAUGGAUUAAAGUUCAUCCGAGAAAUAGCUUAUCAGUUGGAAGAACUCCGGAAAUUAGAAUUCAAUCGAAGAUUAACAGGUACUGAAAGUGAAACAUCAGAUGCAUCAGAGCUUAAUAUAAUGACACAAUAGCAUUACAGAUUGGCUUUAUAUACACACUUCCUGGUUAUUUAACAAUAUCACAUGAUCGGUUCAGAACAGCGAGCCAAAUUAGCAGGUUGAAGAAAACAAGGGGCAUAACAGGACCAUAAGGAGUAUCUGUAGGUUGGCAGACACACUUUCCCUUUGAAAUUUUGAUUAUUCUAUGUUCACUGCUUAGUUUGAGUGUAGUUGGUUUCCCAGUCCUCAUUAAGGCGAGUUCUAGCAUGACUUUGGAAGGGAUUGUCAGAGUUGGAUAAAUUUUAAAAUGUUUUCUGGGAGGUCUUAUGUUAUACUUUUGCUUUGUAUGCAAGUGAUUUCAAAAGACUGUCUCUACUCUUAGUAAAUGAUGUUCCACUGAAGUUGAUUGUAUAGAAUAGAAGACGGGCUGUAAUUACUGAAUUCUGGUAACUGGAGUUGGCUCAUGUUUGCUAUAUUACAAUUUAAAUUUUGUUCGUAUAAAAAAAG